UCAUCAUUGCUCCAUCAUCAGCCACAGAACUGCCACAUCUGCCGCACUGUUUUUCUGAAGAAAAGCUACUUUACUGUCUCACAGAGCGUAAAAACUUCGUUUUGGGGGCACAACUUGAGACGAAGAUGCCUACGAUAGCAGUUAAAAGAGAUUUGCUUUUCGAAGCACUUGGAAGAACGUACACUGAUGAGGAGUUUGAAGAGUUAUGCUUUGAUUAUGGUCUGGAGCUAGAUGAAAUUACAUCAGAGAGGGCCAUGAUAAGCAAAGAGCAGGGUGCAGACAAAGCAGAGGGUGCCUCGGACGUUGUCAUCUACAAAGUGGACGUCCCUGCAAACAGGUAUGAUCUUCUUUGUCUUGAAGGCUUGGCCCAAGCCCUCCUCGUCUUCCUGCAGAAGAUUAAACAUCCUCGAUACGUCGCAACUCCUCCGGCCGAUGGCAAUCUCCAACGCAUCAUCAUUAAACCCCCCACAGCUCGUGUGAGGCCAUUUGUUGUGGGCGCAGUGCUCAGAGACUUAACCUUCACCCAAGAAAAUUACAAGAGUUUUAUUGAUCUUCAAGACAAAUUGCAUCAAAACAUUGGCAGGAAACGAACUCUAGUUUCCAUUGGAACACAUGACUUGGAUACAAUUGAAGGUCCCUUCUACUACGACGCUCUGCCUCCUGAUGAAAUCAGAUUCAUUCCACUCAACCAGACAAAAGAGUUAUCGGCCGUGGAACAGAUGGAGCUAUUUGCGAAGGAUAGUCACCUUCGUCAUUAUCUGCCGAUCAUCAGAGACAGUCCUGUGUACCCCAUCAUCUAUGACAGUAAGAAGACAGUCUUAUCGAUGCCUCCAAUCAUCAAUGGGGACCAUUCUAAAAUCAGUCUGGCCACCAAGAACGUCCUGAUUGAGAUCACAGCCAAGGAUCUAACUAAAGCUCAGAUUGUUUUAGAUAUCAUUGUCAGUACAUUCAGUCAGUACUGCUCUAAACCACACAGUAUCGAGAGUGUUGAAGUUACUCAUAUACAUGGUUCCAAGGUGAUGUACCCAACGUUGCACUAUAGACACGAGCAGCUACCAGUGGAACUUAUCAACAACAGGAUCGGUAUCAAGGAGGAUGCUGAUGCAGUCGCUAGCCUUCUUACCAGGAUGUGUCUCAGCAGUGAGGUCAUCGACAACAAGAAACGACUCGUAGUUGAAGUUCCUCCCAACAGGGCUGAUGUUAUCCAUGCGUGUGAUGUCAUCGAGGAUGUUGCCGUUGCCUAUGGUUUCAACAAUCUAGUAGAGCGCAUCCCUCAGACCAACACCAUCGCCAAUCAACUACCUAUCAACAAACUGACCGAUCUACUUAGACCGGAGAUGGCUGCGGCGGGAUUCACCGAAGUCCUGACCUUUGCCCUUUGCUCAAAAGAGGACAUCUCAGAGAAGCUGGGGAAGGACAUGUCGACCACCAACGCAGCAGUCAUCUCCAAUCCUAAAACUCUAGACUUUCAGGUGGCGCGUACCUGUUUACUUCCAGGCGUCUUGAAGACAAUCAGCAACAAUCGUAAGAUGCCCCUUCCCAUCAAGGCCUUUGAGAUCUCCGACAUCAUUAUAAAAAACCCGAAGAUGGACGUCGGCACUGAGAAUCACCGACACCUCUGUGCCGUGCAUUACAAUAAGACACCUGGAUUUGAGGUUAUCCAUGGUCUGCUGGAUCGGACGAUGCAACUUCUGCAGGUUCCAUUUUCUAAGGAAGACGGCUACUUCUUACGAGCAGUGGAAGACGCGACAUAUUUCUCCGGACGGUGUGCAGACAUCGUCGUCAAGGGAACAAGCAUCGGCCGUUUGGGCGUCCUCCAUCCGAAAGUCUUGACGAAAUUUGAGCUGACCAAUCCCUGUGCAGCGAUAGAAAUCACAAUCGAACCUUUCCUAUGAUUGGUCGUCAGUUUUACUUUAAAAUAUUUUAUUGAGAUUAUGGUCACAUAUUGCAUAGUAAUAUUAAGAGAACAUGGUAUGUUAGGGUAUAUUCUGUGGUAAAGCGUAACAGUAGGAGGGUUGACUUUAUACUUGGUAUAACAUGCACCACAUGAUCAGUGCAGGCUGGCAUAGUUUAUCUACCAAUCAAAACCACAGUGGACGAUAUUGAAUGGUCAGACGGUAGGAGGGUUGACUUUAUACUUUGUAUAGCACACACCACAUGAUCAUUGCAGGCUGGCAUAGUUUAUCUAUAAUUCAAAACCACAGUGGACGAUAUUGAAUGGUCAGACAGUAGGAGGGUUGACAUUAUACUUGGUAUAGCAUUUACCACAUAAUAUCAUAUUGCAGGCUGGCAUAGUUUAUCUAUCAUUCAAAACCGUAGUGUACGAUACUUGAUGGUCAGACAGUAGGAGGGUUGACUUUAUACUUGGUAUAGCAUUCACCAAUCACCACAUGAUAUCAAAUUGCAGGCUGGCAUAGUUCAUUCAAAACUACAAUAUUGAAUGGUCAGACAGUAGGAGGGUUGACUUUGUAGCAUUUAGGAGAGUCACCCCAGAUAUCAUAAUUGCAUUUCAUCUGGUUAAUAGAAUUGGUAAUUCAAUAUUAAUCAUGCACCGGUAUGUCUAUGAUGAUAAUGUAAAUAUAAUGGGAUUUUAAUUCAAUAAAAAUGCAUCACUAAAACAAAUGACCCUCUCGAUACGCCAGUUGAGACUAUGGAGUACGGUUGGUGUCUUUAAAGGCAGUGGACACUAUUGGUAAUUACUCAAAAUAAUUAUCAGCUUAAAACCUCACUUGGUAACGAG